UCUCCCGGAGCCGUCCCGGGGUUUUCUUUGCACUUGUGCGGCAGCCUUGUGAGGGAGUGACAUGGACGACGAAGAAGAGACGUAUCGAUUAUGGAAAAUCCGGAAAACGAUUAUGCAGCUGUGCCAUGAUCGAGGCUACUUGGUGACACAGGAUGAAUUGGAUCAGACUCUGGAAGAGUUCAAAGCCCAGUUUGGCGAUAAGCCCAGUGAAGGGCGUCCUCGGCGUACUGAUCUCACAGUGUUGGUGGCCCACAACGAUGAUCCUACUGAUCAGAUGUUUGUCUUUUUCCCAGAGGAACCAAAAGUUGGGAUUAAGACCAUCAAGAUGUACUGCCAGCGAAUGCAAGAGGAAAACAUUACCCGGGCCCUGAUUGUGGUGCAACAAGGCAUGACUCCGUCUGCCAAACAGUCUCUAGUAGACAUGGCCCCCAAGUACAUCCUUGAACAAUUCCUUCAGCAGGAACUGUUGAUCAACAUCACUGAACAUGAGCUGGUUCCAGAACAUGUUGUAAUGACCAAAGAAGAGGUGACAGAAUUACUGGCCAGAUAUAAACUGAGGGAGAAUCAGCUUCCACGAAUACAAGCCGGAGAUCCUGUAGCUCGCUAUUUUGGAAUCAAACGAGGCCAGGUGGUGAAGAUCAUUCGGCCCAGUGAAACAGCCGGGCGGUACAUCACCUACAGGCUGGUGCAGUAGCCAGGAAGCGUUGUGUAAGCUUGGCUGAAGCACUUUCUACCUUACACUGGAGACUGCUACUCUGCCUGCUUAACAGUCACACUCAAAAGGAAAUACAAUUGAAGAGAUGCUUCUUAAAUGUUUCUACUUGAGGCUUUGAACUUCCAGCUCCCAGUCCUUUUCAUCAAACUGGAUGUGAAGGGGAAAGGAGUCAUCGGCAGCACAGCAAAGGCCACAUGGAUUUUCCAAACUGGACUCCCAUCUUGCUUAUAUAGGCUGGCUGUAUUUGUUGACACCGCAUUUCUGGAACUCGGGUUAGUUUGGGGUGGUUAAAUAUUUAAGACAGCAACACUUUGUCUUCCAUGUCUGGAUGGAGCAUUCUUUAGAAAGCUUCAAAUGGCAGAGCUUCGUUCUUCUGCUAUAGGUCUCAG